AUGGUCAUCAUGGAUGAGGUAGAUGUGUUACUGCACCCGCUCAAGAGCGAGCUCAACUUUCCCAUCGGGUUCCGGGACCCCAUCGACCUGUCCGGGCACCGCUGGAACUUGCCCAUUCACAUCAUCGAAGGUCUUUUUGCCGAGCAGAAGUCAGACGAUGGCGACACGGUGGAAGCAGACAUGGCGUCGGAUCCGCAGCAUCCUGGGCACCAGAUCCUUCAGCGUCUGCAGCAGGCCUUGCGUCACGGGUUCCAGUGUCGCGCCCUGCAGCGCACGCCCCACGCGGUACUGCUGGACAACAACUUCUACCAGAAGACCCUAAAGCUGCCCUUUGCGCAGUGGGUGCUGCUGUGGCUGAAGAAGAACUUUGUGGGCAAGUGUACAGUGGCGGAGGAGGUCCUGUUGGAGGUCUUGACUUGCGAGCAGCACUUGGGCUACAAGGAGGUUCUGGAGGCGGGAUUGACGCCCUUCUCGCUGAAGCUGCUUCUGCUCGCCAGCAGCUGGCUGCGGGCGGUGUUGCCUCACGUGCUCUCCAAGAUCGACCGGGUAUCCUAUGGCCUGCUCCGGCAGCAGCAGCUGCAGGAAGCUGACGAGAAGACGCCCUUUUCGCGUCUCGUCAUGGCGGUGCCCUUCGUGGGCAAGGACGUGCCCAGCCGGAGCAGUGAGUUUGCGCACCCGGAUGUGGCCAUCGGCUUGACCAUCCUGGCGUACAGAUACGAGGGCCUACGCUUGAGAGAUACCCGGAGUAUCGUGGCGCAGCUGAAGCAGGACUGCUCACGGCAGAUGGGCCCCCGUGACACCCGGCCUGCGCACCUCCUCUUCGAGUCGUGGGUUCGGGAGCCGAUUCGAUCAGCGCCUGGGAGCCCUCGACACAAGAUGCGGCGCCUGGACUGUCAGAACAUUCUGCCGCUGUCCCUCUUUCAGCCAACAGAUCCGAAGCAGAUGGGGCGCUUGCACCAGCAGGUGCAGUCGUCCAGUUGCGUGGCGCACUUCUGGCUGCGUCAGCACGUCUUUCCCGUGACCAUGAACUUCCACCCGGUGAAGAUCAGCGCCGCGGGUCACGAGCUGGGCAGCGCCCUGCUCUUCGGGUACCGCCUGGGCUUCAGCGGCACGCCCAGCAACCUGCUGCCGGAGGACCUUGGCGAAUGCUUCUACGAGCCAGGCAGUGAUGGCCAAGUGACGGCGGUGCUCACCGACCCUGCAGUGACCACGGCAGAGGUGUGUCCAGCGGACUGGAGCCCUGGUCAGCUCUUGGAGCGGGUGGCUUCUGGGGCGUUCCAUGCGCUCAUCGACACAGGUGCGCUCAUCACCAACAUGGACAAUGAGCAGGUGGCUCGAGAGCUGUUGGCGAAGCUGCCGGCGGCGAGCUUCGACGGGGUGGUCUUCUUGGACCAGAGCGACCGCAAGAUGAUCCUCGUGAGGAGCUCCGCGGGCUUCCGGGCGGUGUCGCUGGUGACCAGCGGGGUGGUGCCGGAGCGGCGCUUCGCCUUCUUCGACCAGGUGCAUACCACGGGCAUGGACAUCUUAACGGCGCCGUGCGCCAAAGCGGUGCUCACGGUGGGCAAGGACAUGAACUUCCGGGAUUACGCCCAGGGCGCCUUCCGCAUGAGAAAGGUUGGCAAAGGCCAAACCAUCCAUCUCUGCGUCAUUCCGGAGGUGCAGGUGCGGAUCGGGGAAGACCUGGCGGAGAAGUGCCGCAACCAGCUCAUCUUGGACGUGCCAUCCUGGCUGCUGCUGAACUCAUGCCGCUCGGAGUCCUUGCAGUCUCUCAAGCUGCUGUCCCAAGAGCUGAGCAACGGCUGGCGGAAGCAGGCGCUGCAGCACCUCUGCGCGGACUGCUCGGCCAACGGCAAGAUGCCCACCGCCGAGCGCAUGCGCCGCUUUGAGGGGCCCCAGGCGGCGGCGCUGAAAGCUUGCCUGGGGCCGUUCCAGGAUCGCAUCAGCUUCGCAGUGGACGACAAGAUCCUGCCUCCCAGGUCGUACCGCGAAGUCCUGCAGGAUCAAUGCGACGAGCAUGUGCAGUUCUGUUCCUCGGAGCGGGACAGAAAGCGUCAGCACGACCUUCUGGAGCGCAUCGAACGGGAAUCCAAGGUGUCGGAGGCUCAGGAGAUGCAGCAAGGCUUCACUGCGGAGGUGGUGCAUGAGCAAGAGGCGGAGCAGCAGCAGGAGCAGGAGGAGGAACAGGAAGAAGAGCAGGAGAGCGCUUUCACGCGAGAUGACGAGCAGCCGAACCCUUGGGCUUCCAAGAUCCUCAUGGAGCCGCCAGAGGAGCCAACGAGUCAGGGCUGUCAGGGCUCGCAAGACCGGCCCUUCUACCGGCUCCGGUCCUUCCGGGCACGGCCGGAGCAGCCGCUGCUGCCGGUGGACAGCAGCCUGUGGUUGAGUGACAACUUCUUCCGACCGAGCUGGGUGGGCCUCGGGGAGCGGCGGCUGAAGACCUGCCACGUGGUCCUGGAGUGGCACCCGGAGCUCUGCCAGGAUCGCCAGAAGCGAGGGCUCCAGCUGCGGAUGCGGCGAUUCUUUGUAGAGGAGGCCGCAGCAGGCGGUACCCCCACAGAGGCGGCUAUGAGAGCGCUGGCGCGCGCCAAGGAUAGCCUCCAGAAUGAUCCCCUUUCAGAGGCAGAGAUGGCAGGUGACCCAUCAGAGGCGUCCAAUGCUCCGCGCUACGUGGUGGUGGUCACGCUCGCCGAGGCGGAGACGCUGCGGUUCCAGCUGCGGCACUCCUUGGCGCGCGCGGGCCUGGCGCUGCGGGGCUGCCAGGGCCGCCUGCUGGAGGCUUCGGCCGGCUUCGUCCCCAGCGAGCAGCUGAGCUCACGGCUGGCGCUGGUGCGGCUCUUCAACUCCGAGAUGUUCUUCGAGGACAAAGAGCUCGCGCUGCUGGAGGCGGAGCUGCGGGAGGUGCCGCUACACCUCCGGCAAACCUGGUUCGAGGAGCUGCUGCGGCUGCGGCGCCAACGCGCCCGCCUGCUGUGGCUGGACACUCCGGUGGCCAAGCUCUUUACGCCCCAGGAGCAGUGGAAGGAUCUCCGUUCCCGGUGCCUCUUGGAAUCCAUGCGCCGCGCGCUGCUCAGCUUCCGCGGAGCUCUGGAGGACCUAGAGGCCUUGCUGCAGCCCCACAGCCCCGAUGCCCUGCGUGGGCGCCUGCUGCGGAUCGCCAACUUUUCGGCCAGCGAUGUCCAGGACGCGGUGAACCUGCUGCCGGUGGGCGCGGACGGCUUGAUCGCAGCCCACACCUUGGACGAGGCGUUGCAGGCUUCCGCGGCGCUCGGCGCGCAGCGGGAGAAGCGGGGCCUUCAGGCCGCGAAGCGGGCGCAGGCCGAUGCGGAGCAGCUUGAACGUGCGCAGCGUGUGUGGAGUUGCCAGAACUGCAGCUUCAUGAACAGCGCUCUCAGCAGCACUUGUGCCAUUUGCGACUUCGGGUGGACUGGGCAGAGGGAGUGCCCCUCCGACAAAUGGGCCUGCACCGCCUCCACAGGAGGCUGCACCUUCUUCAACCCCAAGUCCCUCUUCUACUGCGAGGUCUGCGGCCGAGGGCGCCCGGAUUUGGCCAGCAUGGCAUUCUGA